CCGAUCGCGCAGGGAGGGGAGGGCGACGGAGCAGGCGAGCGCAGGAGGGAGUGUGAGCGAGCCAGCCGGGGCGAGCUGGCCCCGAGCGGGGCUGGGUUUGUUGUACUCGGUCUCCAGGGCGGCCGGGCUCCCCGCAGCCCUGCAGACCGCGCCCGAGCCGGGGUGGCAAAGCCGACGCACCCCCACCACGGUCCCGUGGAGCCCGGGCGCGCAGCGAGCCGGGAAGGAGGCGUUUGCUCGUUCGUGUCUGCUCGGAAUCUGAACGAGGCCGAGAAAGAAGGUUCUUGAGUCUUGAAACAAAUGGAGAAAAAUGAUUUAAUAUUUGGGAAUGUUGUCUCUUCACUGACUGCUGCUACUGCCUGGGAUUCAUUUACAACUCGAUAGAUCUGGAAUAGUUCAUCUGUAUUUUCUGGAGCAGCACAGUCCUGCACUGCCUCUGGUGCACAUUCUCUUGGUAUUGGUCUCAUGCUACAGGAAGGACCAUGGCAACCUCCAGGGCAGCCUCAAGGUCACCUCGGGACAUUGCCAAUGUGAUGCAGAGGUUGCAAGAUGAGCAAGAGAUUGUACAAAAACGCACUUUCACAAAAUGGAUCAACUCUCAUCUGGCCAAGCGGAAACCUCCCAUGGUGGUCAAUGAUCUUUUUGAAGACAUGAAGGAUGGUGUUAAGCUGCUUGCUCUGCUGGAGGUCCUGUCUGGGCAGAAAUUGCCUUGUGAACAAGGACGCCGGAUGAAACGAAUCCAUGCUGUGGCUAACAUCGGCACAGCACUCAGGUUCCUUGAGGGAAGAAAGGUAUUUAUUUCUUUUGAACAAAUGAUGCUGACUUUGAAAGGUGGUUUAUGUAUGAAUAUCAUCUUCUCCCUUUGUUUUUCAUGUCAGUCCAUGUACAGAGGAUCACCGAUUAAAUUAGUCAACAUUAACUCCACGGAUAUAGCUGAUGGGAGGCCCUCAAUAGUUCUCGGAUUGAUGUGGACCAUCAUUCUCUAUUUCCAGAUUGAAGAGUUGACCAGCAACCUGCCGCAGCUGCAGUCUCUGUCUGGCAGUGCAUCUUCCGUGGACAGCAUUGUCAGCUCUGAAACCGCCAGCCCUCCAAGUAAGCGCAAGGUAGCUACCAAGAUCCACGGAAAUGCCAAGAAGACGUUACUAAAGUGGGUUCAGUGUGCAGCUGGCAAGCAGACUGGAAUAGAAGUGAAGGACUUUGGACGGAGUUGGAGGAGUGGAGUUGCCUUUCAUUCAGUUAUCCAUGCAAUCAGACCUGAACUAGUGGACCUGGAGAAAGUGAGAGGCAGAUCUAACCGAGAGAACCUGGAGGAAGCAUUCACCAUUGCAGAAGUGCAACUGGGGAUCCCAAGGCUGCUAGAUCCUGAAGAUGUGGAUGUGGAUAAGCCUGAUGAGAAGUCUAUUAUGACCUAUGUGGCCCAGUUUCUGAAACAUUAUCCUGACAUCCACAGUGGAGGCAUUGAUGGGCUGGAGAAUGAGGAAAUAUUUCCAGGUUUCCCAUCUUUUGCAAAUUGUAUUCAAAAAUUUAAGAGAGAAGACAGGCUACUUUUGAAGGAAAUGAAAGUUUGGGUAGAACAAUUUGAAAGAGAUUUGACAAGGGCACAGAUGACAGAAUCAAAUUUGCAGGACAAAUAUCAGUCCUUUAAGCACUUCAGAGUUCAAUAUGAAAUAAAAAGGAAACAGAUUGAGCAUUUAAUCCAACCAAUACACAGAGACAGCAAAUUGUCACUUGACCAAGCAUUGCUAAAACAAUCCUGGGACAGAGUGUCCUCCAGGCUCUUUGAUUGGCACAUACAGCUUGAUAAAUCUCUUCCUGCACCUCUGGGCACCAUAGGUGCUUGGCUGUAUAGGGCAGAGGUGGCCCUGAGAGAGGAAGUAACAGUGCAGCAGGUGCAUGAAGAAACAGCAAACACAAUACAGCGGAAACUUGAGCAACAUAAGGAUCUGUUUCAAAACACAGAUGCCCACAAAAGAGCAUUUCAUGAGAUCUACCGGACCAGGACUGUGAAUGGGAUCCCAGUGCCACAUGAUCAGUUAGAGGACAUGGCCGAGAGGUUUCAUUUUGUUUCCUCCACAUCAGAGCUACACUUAAUGAAAAUGGAAUUUCUAGAAUUAAAGUACCGUCUGCUCUCACUGCUGGUUCUUGCAGAGUCAAAGCUCAAGUCUUGGAUAAUCAAGUAUGGAAGGAGGGAGUCAGUGGAGCUGCUUCUACAAAACUACAUCUCUUUUAUAGAAAACAGCAAGUUCUUUGAACAAUAUGAAGUGACGUACCAGAUCUUGAAACAGACAGCUGAGAUGUACGUCAAAGCAGAUGGUUCAGUGGAAGAAGCUGAGAAUGUUAUGAAGUUCAUGACCGAAACCACUGCUCAGUGGCGGAAUCUCUCAGUAGAAGUCAGGAGUGUGCGGAGCAUGCUGGAGGAAGUGAUCUCUAACUGGGAUCGCUAUGGCAAUACGGUGGCUAGUCUUCAAGCCUGGCUAGAGGAUGCCGAAAAAAUGCUCAAUCAAUCAGAAAAUGCCAAAAAGGAUUUUUUUAGAAAUUUGCCUCAUUGGAUUCAACAACACACCACCAUGAAUGAUGCUGGAAAUUUUCUCAUUGAAACUUGUGAUGAGAUGGUUUCCCGUGACCUCAAGCAGCAGUUACUGUUGCUAAAUGGACGAUGGAGGGAGUUGUUUAUGGAAGUCAAGCAAUACGCCAGGGCUGAUGACAUGGACAGAAUGAAGAAAGAGUACACAGACUGUGUUACUGUGCUGUUGAGUUUUGCAGCUGAAGCUCGUAAGAAAUUUUCUGACCCCUUAGAAGUCUCCUUCAUGAAUGUCAAGUUGUUAAUUCAAGACUUGGAGGAUAUUGAGCAGAGGGUACCUGUGAUGGAUGCACAAUACAAGAUGAUUACAAAGACAGCACACCUCAUUACCAAAGAAAGCUCCCAAGAAGAAGCCAAUAAAAUGUUUGCAACCAUGUCUGGGCUCAAAGAACAGCUAACCAAGGUCAAAGAAUGUUGCUCCCCACUCCUUUAUGAGUCUCAGCAGCUGCUGGUGCCGUUGGAGGAAUUAGAAAAGCAGAUGACGUGCUUUUAUGACUCACUUGGAAAAAUCAAUGAAAUUAUAGCGGUUCUUGAGCAUGAAGCACAAUCUAGUGCUCUUUUUAAACAAAAACACCAGGAACUGUUAGCUUGUCAAGAAAGCUGUAAGAAAACUUUGACACUCGUUGAGAAAGGCAGUCAAAGUGUUCAAAAGUUUGUGACCUUGAGCAAUGUAUUAAAACAUUUUGAUCAGACGAAGCUGCAAAGACAGAUUGCAGAUGUUCAUGUUGCUUUUCAGAACAUGGUAAAGAAAACUGGAGACUGGAAGAAGCAUGUGGAAACCAACAGUCGCUUGAUGAAGAAAUUCGAGGAAUCUCGAGCAGAGUUGGAGAAGGUGCUGCGUAUGGCACAGGAGGGCUUGCAGGAGAAGGGAGAUCCUGAAGAACUCCUGCGGAGGCACACUGAGUUCUUCAGUCAGCUGGAUCAGAGGGUGCUCAAUGCCUUCCUGAAAGCCUGUGACGAGCUCACAGACAUCCUCCCCGAGCAGGAGCAGCAGGGGCUGCAGGAAGCUGUGAGAAAACUCCAUAAGCAAUGGAAGGAUCUUCAAGGAGAAGCCCCUUAUCAUUUGCUUCAUCUAAAGAUUGAUGUGGAGAAGAAUAGAUUUUUAGCCUGUGUGGAAGAAUGCAGGAAUGAGCUGGACCGAGAGACCAGGCUGGUGCCCCAGGAAGGAAGUGAAAAGAUCAUCAAAGAGCACAGGAUAUUCUUCAGUGACAAGGGUCCUCAUCAUCUCUGUGAGAAGAGGUUGCAGCUCAUUGAAGAACUGUGUGUGAAGCUCCCAGUCCGGGACCCCGUUAGGGAAACACCUGGAAGCUGUCAUGCGACCCUCAAAGAGCUCCGAGCUGCCAUCGACAGCACCUGUGCAAAGCUUAUGGAAAACCCAGACAAGUGGCAGGACUACACAAGCAGAUUUUCUGAGUUCUCAUCUUGGAUAUCUGCCAAGGAAAUGCAGUUAAAAGGGAUCAAAGAUGAGGCCAUCCAUGCUGCCAACCAUGCAGAGGUCACGUAUGUUGUUGACGAGGUUCGAAGUGGCGUUACCAAAAGAGGAGAGACUCUUGGCUGGCUGAAAUCCAGACUUAAAAUUCUGACUGAGGUUUCCUCUGAGAAAGAAGCCCAAAAGCAAGGGGAUGAGCUGGCAAAAUUAUCUAGUUCUUUCAAGGCUCUGGGUUCCUUACUGUCAGAGGUUGAAAAGAUGUUAAGCAACUUUGGGGAAUGUGUCCAGUAUAAAGAAAUAGUCAAAAGUUCCCUUGAAGACUUAAUCUCUGGCUCUAAAGAAGUCCAAGAACAAGCCGAGAAGAUCUUAGACACUGAAAAUCUGUUUGAAGCGCAGCAGCUGCUUCUUCAUCACCAGCAAAAGACCAAGAGGAUCUCAGCUAAGAAGAAAGACCUGCAGCAGCAGAUCGCGCAGGCGCAACAGGGAGAAGGUGGCCGGCCGGGCCCCGGCAGGGAGGAGCUGCAGAGGCUGGAGAGCACCCUGGACCGCGUGGAGCACAGCAGAGAGAGACAGGAGCGCCGCAUCCAGGUCACAUUAAGAAAGUGGGAACGGUUUGAAACAAACAAAGAGACAGUGGUCCGAUACCUUUUCCAAACAGGUUCCAGUCAUGAACGCUUCUUGAGUUUUAGCAGUUUGGAAAGCUUAUCUUCAGAACUGGAGCAGACGAAGGAGUUUUCUAAACGGACAGAAAAUAUCGCAGUCCAGGCUGAGAACCUUGUAAAGGAAGCCUCGGAGAUACCACUGGGGCCCAAGAACAAGCAGCUGCUGCAACAGCAGGCUAAGUCAGUCAAAGAGCAAGUCAAAAAAUUAGAAGACACACUUGAAGAAGAUAUUAAAACCAUGGAAAUGGUGAAAAACAAGUGGGAUCAUUUUGGCAGUAAUUUUGAGACCCUGUCCAUCUGGAUCACUGAGAAAGAAAAUGAGCUCAAUGCCUUGGAAACUUCGUCAUCUGCCAUGGACAUGCAAAUCAGCCAAAUUAAGGUCAUUAUUCAAGAAAUAGAAAGUAAGCUCAGCAGUAUUGCAGGAUUAGAAGAAGAAGUUCAGUCUUUUGCUCAAUUUAUUACCACCGGAGAGUCUGCUCGAAUCAAAGCCAAGUUGACACAACUAAGAAGAUACUGGGAAGAACUCCGCGAGCAUGCACAGUGUCUCGAAGGAACCAUUCUGGGGCACUUAUCUCAGCAGCAAAAGUUUGAGGAGAACCUUAGCAAGAUCCAGCAGUCUGUGUCUGAAUUUGAAGAUAAACUGGCUGAUCCAAUUAAAAUAUGUUCUUCAGCUACAGAAACAUAUAAAGUACUCCAAGAACAUAUGGACCUCUGCCAGGGCCUGGAGUCCCUGAGCAGCACCGUGACUGCUUUCUCUGCCAGUGCCCGCAAGGUGAAAAGCGGAGAAUCCUGCAUGCAGGACGCCAUGGAUCUGCAGCAGCGGUAUGAAGAGACGCUGAGUAAGGCUAAAGAGAGACAGGCCGUGCUGGGGAGCCUGCUGGCCCACUGGCAGAGGCUGGAGAAAGAACUGUCAUCCUUUUCGACCUGGCUGGAGCGGUGUGAGACAAUAGCCCGAUCCCCAGAGAGGCACAUCUCUGCUGACAGAGUCAAAGUGGAGGGUGAACUUCAGCUGAUACAGGCUCUGCAGAAGGAAGUCGUGUCCCAGGCCUCCUGCUACAGCAACCUUCUGCAGCUGAAGGGGUCGCUGUUCUCCGUGGCCUCUGAAGACGACGUGAAAACGAUGAAACUGCACCUGGAGCAGUUGGAUGAGAGAUGGAGAGAUUUACCACAGAGAAUUAGCAAACGGAUUAAUUUUCUUCAGUCUGUGGUUGCCGAACACCAGCAAUUUGAUGAGCUGCUGCUUUCCUUUUCUACGUGGAUUAAGCUGUUUCUUGGUGAAUUACAAAGUACUUCUGAGAUAAGCCUGACGGAUCAGCAGGUAGCUCUUGCCCGGCACAAGGACCAUGCAGCAGAAGUAGACGGCAAGAAGGGAGAACUGCAGAGCCUGCGGAGCCACCUGAUGAAGCUGGGGUCUCUGGGCCAAGCCGAGGACCUCCACCUCCUUCAGGGCAAGGCAGAGGACUGCUUCCAGCUGUUUGAGGAGGCCAGUCAGGUGGUGGGCAGGCGGCAGCUUGCUCUGUCCCAGUUGACAGAAUUCCUACAGACCCAUGCCUCUCUGUCUGGGCUUCUCCACCGGUUGAGGGAAACGGUGGAAGCAACCAGCAGCAUGAGUAAGAAACAAUCGGAGUUGUUAAAAAAAGACCUGAAUGAUGCUAUUGCAGAUGUUAAAACCUUAGAAUCCACUGCCAUUAGUCUGGACAGCAUUCUUGCCAAAGCCCAAUACCAUCUGAGAAGCGGGAGCUCCAAGCAAAGGACGUCAUGCCGAGCCACGGCCGAUCAGCUCUCUGCUGAAGUAGAGCGGAUCCAGAACCUUCUGGGAACCAAGCAGAGUGAAGCUGAUGCCCUGGCAGUGCUGAAAAAAGCAUUCCAGGAGCAGAAAGAGGAGCUGCUGAGAAGCAUAGAGGACAUUGAAGAACGGACGGACAAGGAGCGCUUGAAGGAGCCCACCCGGCAGGCUCUCCAGCAGAGGUUGAGAAUGUUUAAUCAGCUAGAAGAUGAACUGAAUUCUCACGAGCAUGAACUAUGUUGGCUGAAAGACAAAGCUAAGCAAAUUGCCCAGAAAGAUGUAGCUUUCGCUCCUGAAGUCGACAGGGAGAUAAACCGCUUAGAAGUCACCUGGGAAGAUACGAGAAAGUUAAUUCAUGAAAACCAGGGUCAGUGCUGUGGACUUAUUGACCUAAUGAGAGACUACCAGAACUUGAAGUCAACUGUAUCUAAAGUCCUGGAAAAUGCCAACAGUGUGGUUGUAACCAGAACUCCUAUAAAAGAUCAGGAGGAUCUUAAGUGGGCUUUUUCCAAGCACGAAACUGCCAAGAAUGAAAUGAAUAAUAAACAGAAAGAGCUGGAUAGUUUUACCAGUAAAGGAAAACACUUGUUAUCUGAGCUGAAAAAAAUUCACAGUGGUGAUUUCAUCCUGGUGAAAACAGACAUGGAGAGCAUUGUGGACAAGUGGCUGGAUGCAUCAGAGAAACUGGAAGAAAACAUGGAUAAGCUGAGGAUAAGCUUGUCCAUCUGGGACGAUGUACUUUCAAGUAAGGAUGAGAUCGAUGCGUGGUCAAAUAACUCCAUUCCACAGCUGGCUGAAAACAUCAGCAACCUGAGUAACAGCCUCAGAGCUGAAGAACUCCUCAAAGACCUGGAGUCUGAAGUUAAAAGCAAAACAUUGAGAUGGGAAGAAUUGCGUUCCAAAAUUAAUGAACUUAAAGAGUUAACGAAAAAUCCUGAAACUCCACUGGACCUUCAGUUUAUAGAAGCAGAUUUAAGGCAAAAGCUGGAGCAUGCCAAAGAAUUCACUGAAGAAGCAAAAGAAACCUUGAAAGAUUUCACUGCUCAAAGUGCACAAGUAGAGAAAUUUGUGAAUGAUAAGACAUUGUGGCUGACAAAAGUGGAAGAGUCCCUGAUGAAUUGUGCCCAAACUGAGACUUGUGAAGGGUUGAAAAAAGUAAAGGACACACAAAAGGAACUUCAAAGUCAGCAAAACAACAUCAGCUCUACCCAAGAAAAUCUCAAUAGCUUGUGCCGCAAGUACCACUCAGCAGAGCUGGAGAGCCUGGGCGUGGCACUGACAGGGUUGAUAAAGAAGCAUGAAGCUGUGAGUCAGCUGUGCUCCAAGACUCAGGCCAGCCUGCAGGAUUCCCUGGAAAAACACUUCCAUGAUUCCAUGCAGGAAUUCCAAGAAUGGUUUUUGCGUGCCAAGGCAGCUGCAAAAGAAUCAGCUGAUCGAACUGGUGACAGCAAAGUCUUGGGGGCCAAGCUGCAGGACCUCCAGAGACUUUUGGACUCAUUCAGUGAUGGACAGAGCAAACUUGAUGUGGUGACUCAAGAAGGACAAACUUUGUAUGCACAUUUGCCCAAACAAAUGGUCAGUAGCAUUCAGGAACAAAUUACAAAGGCCAAUGAAGAGUUCCAGGCAUUUCUGAAACAGUGCCUUAAAGACAAGCAGGCUCUCCAAGACUGUGCUUCAGAACUUGGGAGCUUUGAGGAUCAGCACAGAAAACUGAACUUGUGGAUCCAUGAAAUGGAAGAAAGGCUAAGCACGGAAAGCUUGGGAGAAAGUAAACAGCACAUUCCUGAGAAGAAAAACGAAGUUCAUAAAGUUGAAAUGUUUCUAGGAGAACUACUGGCUGCAAGAGAGUCUCUGGACAAGUUUUCCCAGCGAGGGCAGCUUCUUAGUGAAGAAGGCCACGGUGCAGGCAAAGAAGGACGCCUGUGCUCCCAGCUCCUCACCAGCUACCAGAACCUACUCAGGAUGACCAAAGAGAAGCUGCGAGGCUGCCAGGUGGCUCUCCAGGAGCACGAAGCCCUGGAGGAGGCGCUGCAGAGCACGUGGUCCCGAGUGAAAGACAUUCAAGACCGACUGGCCAGUGCAGACAGCACCAUUGGCAGCAAAGACACCUUGGAGAGGAGGCUGGCUCAGAUACAGGAUAUUCUCCUGAUGAGAGGGGAUGGGGAAGUGAGGCUGAACAUGGCCAUCGGCAAAGGGGAGCAGGCCUUGAGGAGCAGCAACGAAGAAGGUCAGGCAGUGAUCCAGGUUCAGCUGCAGACCCUGAGAGAGGUGUGGGCUGACGUCAUGAGUUCUGCUGUCCGCGCUCAGAGCACUUUAGAGUCUGUGAUCAGCCAGUGGAAUGACUACUUGGAGAGGAAAAACCAGCUGGAGCAGUGGAUGGAAUCAGUGGAUCAGAAAGUAGAACAUCCUCUACAACUGCAGCCAGGUCUGAAAGAGAAGUUUGCCCUGCUGGACCACUUCCAGUGCAUCGUGUCUGAGGCGGAGGAUCACGCCGGAGCCCUUCACCGCCUCACUGCAAAGUCCAGGGAGCUGUAUGAGAAGACAGGGGACGAGUCUUUCAAGGAAACAGUGCAAGAAGAGCUGAAAGCACAGUUUAAUGAUAUAGUCACUGUUGCCAAGGAGAAAAUGAGGAAAGUGGAAGAUACUGUGAAAGACCAUCUGAUGUAUUUAGAUGCAGUCCAAGAGUUCACAGAUUGGCUCCAUUCAGCAAAGGAGGAACUCCAUCGAUGGUCGGAUAUGUCCGGAGACUCCUCAGCCACCCAGAAAAAGUUGUCCAAGAUUAAGGAGCUGAUAGAUUCCAGAGAGAUCGGUGCCGGCCGCCUAAGCAGAGUGGAGUCGCUGGCCCCUGAAGUGAAACAGAACACAGCUGCCAGUGGGUGUGCGCUCAUGCACACGGAGAUGCAGGCCCUGCGCGCCGACUGGAAGCAGUGGGAAGACAGUGUGUUCCACACGCAGAGCAGCCUGGAGAACCUGGUCAGCCAGAUGGCCCUGUGCGAGCAGGAGUUCUCGGGCCAGGUGGCUCAGCUGGAGCAGGCCCUGGAACAAUUCGAUGCCCUCCUGAAAACCUGGGCUCAACAGCUAAGCCUCCUGGAAGGCAAGAACACGGAUAAGGAGAUAGUGGAAUGCUGGCACAAAGAACAAGAAAUUCUGGAUGCUCUACAAAAAGCAGAGCCAAGGACAGACAAUCUCAAGUCUCAGCUGAAUGAACUUUGUCGAUUUUCCAGAGACUUGAGUACAUACAGUGGAAGAGUUUCAGGCUUGAUUAAAGAAUACAACUGUCUUUGCUUGCAAGCAUCAAAAGGCUGCCAGAAUAAAGAACAGAUUUUACAGCAAAGGUUUCGGAAAGCCUUUAGGGAUUUCCAGCAGUGGAUGGUUAAUGCAAGAAUCACUACUGCCAAAUGUUUUGAUAUACCUCAAAAUAUUAGUGAAGUUUCAACAAGUCUUCAGAAAAUUCAGGAGUUUCUGUCAGAAAGUGAAAAUGGACAACACAAACUGAACAUGAUGCUGUCUAAAGGAGAACUUUUGAGUACUCUUUUAACCAAAGAGAAAGCUGAAGGUAUACAAGCCAAGGUUGCAGCUGCGAAAGAAGAUUGGAAAAAUUUUCAUUCAAAUCUCCACCAAAAGGAAUCUACCCUAGAGAAUCUAAAGGUCCAAAUGAAGGACUUUGAAGUGAGUGCUGAGCCUGUGCAGAACUGGCUCAGCAAAACUGAGAAGGUGGUGCAUGAAAGCAGCAAUCGUCUCUACGACCUGCCGGCAAAGAGGAGGGAACAGCAGAAGCUCCAGUCUGUCCUUGAGGAAAUACACUGCUACGAGCCUCAGCUCCACAGGCUGAAAGAGAAAGCUCAACAGCUGUGGGAGGGACAAGCUGCCAGCAGGAGCUUUGUGCACAGAGUGUCGCAGCUGUCUUCUCAGUAUCUCGCUCUGAGCAAUUUAACCAAGGAGAAAGUGUCGAGGCUGGACAGAAUUGUCACAGAGCACAAUCAGUUCUCUCUCGGGAUUAAAGACUUGCAGGACUGGAUGACGGAUGCAGUUCACAUGCUGGAUUCCUAUUGCCACCCCACAUCUGACAAAAGCGUGCUGGACAGCAGGAUGCUCAAGCUUGAGGCUUUAUUAUCAGUGAAGCAGGAAAAAGAGAUUCAGAUGAAAAUGAUAGUGGCCAGGGGAGAAUACGUCCUGCAGAAUACCUCCCCAGAAGGCGUGCCUGCAGUUCAGCUGCAGCUGCAGAGUGUAAAGGACAUGUGGGCGUCGCUCUUGUCUGCAGCCAUUCGUUGCAAAAGUCAACUUGAAGGAGCACUUUCUAAAUGGACAAGUUAUCAGGAUGACGUGCGACAGUUUUCCAGUUGGAUGGACAGCGUGGAAGCCAGCCUAAAUGAAUCCGAAAGGCAGUAUACUGAGCUGCAGGAGAAAGCAACUGCUCUUGGAAAAGCCAAGUUGUUGAAUGAAGAAGUGUUGAGCCACAGCAGCCUGCUGGAGACCAUUGAAGUCAAAGGGGCUGGCAUGACGGAGCACUAUGUCACCCAGUUAGAACUCCAGGAUCUCCAGGAACGGUACAGCACAAUCAGAGAGAAGGCCAAGGAAGCAAUGAGCAAGUUUGAAAAACUUGUUCGCCUGCACCAAGAGUAUCAGAGAGACCUAAAGGCUUUUGAAGCUUGGUUGGCACAAGAGCAAGAAAAGCUUAAUAGAUACUCGAUUCUUGAAGGUGAUGCUCACACUCAUGAGACAACACUACGGGAACUUCAGGAGCUGCAGGUGCACUGUGCAGAGGGGCAGGCCCUGUUGAAUUCAGUGCUGCACACCAGGGAGGAAGUGAUCCCCUCAGGUAUCCCACAGGCGGAGGACCGGCUGCUGGAGUCCCUGCGGCAGGACUGGCAGGCUUUCCAACACAGACUGUCUGAGACCCGAACUCAGGUCAAUAACAUCGUGAACAAACUGAGGCUGAUGGAGCAGAAGUUUCAGCAAGUGGAUGAAUGGCUAAAAACAGUGGAGGAGAAAGUUAGUCUUAGGACAGGGCGUCAGUCAAACCGGGCCACCAAGGAGAUACAGUUACAUCAGAUGAAGAAAUGGCAGGAAGAAGUGACUGCUUACAGAGAUGAGGUCGAGGACGUGGGAGCGAGAGCACAGGAGAUACUGGACGAGAGCCACGUGGGCAGCAGCCUGGGAUGCCAGGCCACGCAGCUGACCUCCAGGUACCAGGCCCUGCUGCUCCAAGUGCUGGAACAAGUGAAAUUCCUGGAGGAAGAGAUCCAGAGUUUGGAGGAAUCAGAAUUAUCCCUCAGUUCCUAUUCUGACUGGUAUGGCUCUACGCAUAAAAACUUCAAGAAUGUGGCUACCAAGAUUGAUAAAGUAGAUAAAGUCAUGAUGGAGAAGAAACUGAAGACAUUGGAGGGUUUGCUGAAAGACAUGGAAAAAGGCCACAGUUUGCUGAAAUCUGCCCGGGAGAAGGGAGAGAAGGCUCUUCCCUACCUGGAGCCAGGGGAGGCUGAGACGUUGAGAAAGGAGAUCCGGGAUCACGUGGAGCAGCUGAAAGAGCUGACAAGCACUGUCCGAAAAGAGCACGUGAGCCUGGAGAAAGGUCUUCACUUAACAAAAGAAUUCUCUGAUAAAUGCAAAGCACUGACCCAGUGGAUAGCAGAAUACCAAGAAAUCCUGCACGGUCCUGAAGAACCCAAAGUGGAAUUGUAUGAGAAAAAAGCUCAGUUAUCUAAAUACAAGUCCCUUCAACAAAUGGUGCUGUCCCAGGAACCAUCAGUAAAGUCAGUGAGAGAGAAAGGGGAAGCGCUCCUGGAACUGGUGCAGGAUGUUACAUUAAAGGACAAAGUAGACAAACUUCAAAGUGAUUACCAGGACCUCUGCAGCACCGCCAAGGAGCAUGUCUUCAGCCUGGAGGCGAAAGUCAAAGACCACGAAGAAUACAACAGUGAGCUCCAGGAGGUGGAAAAGUGGCUGCUGCAGAUGUCGGGCCGGCUGGUGGCACCUGACCUGCUGGAGACCAGCAGCCUGGAGACAAUCACCCAACAACUGGCCCACCACAAGGCAAUGAUGGAAGAAAUUGCUAAUUUCGAAGACCGUUUGGACAGCCUGAAAACUAAAGGCAACACUCUGAUAAGCCAAUGUGCAGACCACCUGCAAGCCAAACUUAAACAGAGUGUGCAUGCGCAUCUGCAAGGGACAAAGGACAGUUACUCCGCGAUCUGCAGCACAGCUCAGAGGGUGUACCGGAGUCUAGAACAUGAACUUCAGAAGCACGUCAGCCGGCAAGACACUCUGCAGCAGUGCCAGGCCUGGCUCUCUGCGGUCCAGCCAGACUUAAAGCCGAGCCCACAGCCACCUCUCAGCAGGGCAGAAGCCGUGAAGCAGGUCAAACACUUCAGAGCUUUGCAAGAGCAGGCAAGGACAUACUUAGAUCUUCUUUGCUCCAUGUGUGACUUGUCAAACUCUUCAGUGAAAGCCACAGCAAAAGACAUUCAACAAACAGAGCAAAUGAUUGAACAAAGGAUUGUGCAGGCACAGAACUUAACUCAAGGCUGGGAGGAGAUCAAGCGUCUGAAAGCUGAGCUGUGGAUCUAUCUUCAGGACGCUGAUCAGCAAGUGCAGAACAUGAAGAGGAGACACUCGGAACUAGAGCUCAACAUUGCCCAGAACAUGGUUUCCCAAGUAGAGGAAUUUGUUAAGCAACUGCAGUCCAAGCAAGCAUCAGUGAGUGCCGUCAUAGAAAAAGUGAACAAGCUCACCAAAAAUCAGGAGUCUCCUGAACACAAGGAAAUCAGCCACUUAAAUGACCAGUGGCUAGACUUAUGCCUUCAGUCUAACAAUCUCUGCUUGCAAAGGGAAGAGGAUCUUCGGAGAACAAGAGAUUACCAUGAUCGAAUGAAUGUUGUUGAAGCAUUCUUAGAAAAGUUUACUAUGGAAUGGGAUAACUUGGCCAGAUCUGACGCAGAGAGUACUGCUGUCCACCUGGAGGCACUGCAAAAGUUAGCAUUGGCCUUGCAAGAGAGAAAAUAUGCCAUUGAAGAGCUGAAAGACCAAAAGCAGAAAAUAAUAGAGCACCUAAAUUUAGAUGACAAAGAACUUGUCAAAGAGCAGACCAGUCACUUUGAACAACGCUGGUUUCAGCUUGAGGACCUUGUAAAAAGGAAAAUCCAAGCGUCUGUCACCAAUCUGGAGGAGUUGCAUGUGGUUCAGUCCAGAUUUCAGGAGCUAAUGGAGUGGGCAGAAGAGCAGCAGCCCAACAUAGCUGAGGCCCUAAAGCACAGCCCCCCUCCAGAUCUGGCUCAGAACCUCCUCAUGGACCACCUGGCCAUCUGCAGUGAACUGGAGGCCAAACAGAUGCUUCUGAAAUCACUUACAAAGGAUGCUGAUAGGGUGAUGGCCGACCUUGGCCUCAAUGAGCGGCAAGUAAUCCAGAAGGCACUCUCUGACGCCCAAAGGCACGUGAAUUGUCUCAGCGACUUAGUGGGCCAGCGAAGAAAGUAUUUAAACAAGGCCUUGUCCGAGAAGACCCAGUUCCUCAUGGCAGUGUUCCAGGCCACCAGCCAAAUUCAGCAACAUGAACGGAAGAUAAUGUUCCGUGAACAUAUCUGUCUGCUACCAGAUGAUGUGAACAAACAAGUUAAAACAUGUAAGAGUGCACAAGCUAGCCUCAAGACUUACCAAAAUGAAGUCUCGGGACUUUGGGCCCAGGGUCGAGAAUUGAUGAAGGGAGUCACAGAGCAGGAAAAGGGUGAAGUGCUGGGGAAGCUUCAGGAAUUGCAGAGUGUCUAUGACACUGUUUUACAAAAAUGUAGCCAUCGGCUGCAAGAACUGGAAAAAAGUUUAGUUUCUAGGAAGCAUUUUAAGGAAGAUUUUGAUAAAGCUUGUCACUGGCUAAAACAAGCAGAUAUUGUUACAUUUCCUGAAAUAAACCUAAUGAAUGAGAGUACUGAGCUACACACACAACUGGCCAAAUACCAAGACAUUCUGGAACAAUCUCCAGAAUAUGAAAAUCUUCUACUUAGGCUACAGAGAACUGGACAGGCCAUAUUACCAUCACUGAAUGAAGUUGAUCAUUCCUACCUCAGUGAAAAGCUCAAUGCUCUUCCCCAACAGCUGAAUGUUAUUGUUGCUUUGGCCAAAGACAAAUUCUACAAAGUGCAAGAGGCAAUUCUUGCACGGAGAGAAUAUUCUUCCUUGAUUGAGCUGACAACCCAGUCUCUGACUGAGCUUGAAGAUCAGUUCUUGAAGAUGAGCAAAGUCCCCACGAACCUGAUUGUUGAAGAAGCUCUGUCUCUUCAGGAUGAUUGUAGAACCCUUCUGGGCGAGGUGAUGGGCCUCGGGGAAGCUGUGGAUGAACUGAAUCAGAAAAAGGAAAGUUUCCGUAGCACAGGUCAGCCUUGGCAGCCAGACAAGAUGAUGCACCUCGUCACCUUGUAUCACAGACUGAAACGACAGAUGGAGCAAAGGGUUAGUGUAUUAGAAGACGCCACCAGUGCUUACCAAGAGCACCAAAAGAUGUGCCAACAGCUAGAGAGACAACUAGAGUCUGUGAAAACACAGCAGACCAAAGUGAAUGAGGAAACUCUGCCUGCAGAGGAGAAGCUCAAAAUGUACCACUCCUUGGCUGGAAGUUUGCAGGACUCGGGCAUUCUACUGAAACGAGUGGCCAUGCAUCUGGACGAUCUCACCCCACACGUGGACCCCUUGGCUUAUGAGAAAGCCAAGCGUCAGAUCCAGCUGUGGCAAGAGGAGCUGAAACUGUUGACUUCUGCCAUCGGCGAGACCGUGACAGAGUGUGAGAGCCGGAUGGUACAAAGUAUAGACUUCCAGACUGAAAUGAGCCGCUCCCUGGACUGGCUGAGGAGGGUGAAGGCAGAGCUCAGUGGGCCACUCUGCCUGGACCUCAAUCUGCAGGCCAUCCAGGAAGAAAUCAGAAAGAUCCAGAUUCAUCAGGAAGAAGUCCAGUCCAGCCUGAGAAUCAUGCAUGCCCUGAGUAACAAGGAGAAGGAGAAGUUCAUGAAGGCCAAGGAACUGCUUUCCGCUGACUUAGAGCACACCCUCGCUGAGCUCUCGGAGCUGGACGGAGAUGUUCAGGAGGCUUUACGCGCCAGACAGGCCAGCUUGACUGAAAUAUACAGUCAGUGUCAAAGGUAUUAUCAAGUAUUUCAAGCAGCUAAUGACUGGCUUGAGGAUGCCCAAGAAAUGUUACAGCUGGCAGGCAAUGGCCUAGAUGUGGAAAGUGCAGAGGAAAAUCUCAAAAGUCACAUGGAAUUUUUCAGUGCCGAAGGUCAGUUGCACAGUAAUCUGGAAGAGCUACAAGGUCUGGUUGACAAGCUUGACCCACUCAUCAAGCCAAGUGGAAAAGAGGACCUAGCACGGAAAGUGGCCUCCCUAGACAAGAGGAGUCAGAGGAUAAAUCAGGACUCACAUGCCCAGCUGGAUCUCUUACAGAGGUGUGCAGUGCACUGGCAAGAUUACCAGAAGGCAAGGGAAGAGGUCAUUGAAUUGAUGAAUGAGGCAGAAAAGAAAUUGUCUGAGUUUUCCUUGUUGAAGACAUCUUCCAGUCAUGAAGCAGAGGAAAAGUUAGCAGAACACAAGGCUUUAGUGUCAGUCGUUAACUCUUUCCGUGCCAAAAUUGUGGUCUUGGAGGAAAAGGCUUCAGAACUGGAGAAAACUGGAAAUGAAGCCAGUAAGGCAACCCUGAGCAGGUCGAUGACCGCGGUCUGGCAGCGUUGGACGCGCCUCCAUGCUGUGGCCCAGGACCAGGAGAAGAUCUUGGAAGAUGCAGUGGGUGAUUGGAAGGACUUGAACAGUAAGGUUAAAAAAGCCACUGAAAUGUCAGAUCAGCUGCAAGAAAAAUUACCUGGAAGUUCAACAGAGAAGGCCUCCAAAGCAGAACUCUUGGAUCUUCUGGAAUGUCAGGAGGCGUUCCUCAUGGAGCUGGAGCUGCAGCAGUCGGCUCUGGGCACGCUGCUACAGCAAGCACUGAGCAUGCUCCAGCAUGGAGCCAUCCCACCACCUGGGGAGGAGCCUCCCAUCCUGCAACAGAUUGCAGCACUGCAAGAUCGGUGCUUGAACAUGCAGGAGAAAGCGAAGAGUCGUGGAAAGCAGGCGAAGCAAGAGCUCAAGGACCACGAAGCAGUGGAGACGCAAAUCAAUUCUGUGAAAUCCUGGGUUCAGGAAACAAAGGAGUAUUUAGGAAAUCCAACAAUAGAGGUAGAUGCCCAACUCGAAGAGCUUCAGAUUCUCUUAACAGAAGCUACAAAUCACCGACAGAACAUUGAGAAAAUGGCUGAAGAACAGAAGAAGAAGUAUUUGGGUCUCUCUGCUGUAUUACCUUCCGAAAUCUCCCUUCAGUUGGCUGAGGUGGCAUUGGAACUAAAGAUCCAGGACCAGAUCCAAGACAAAGUAAAAGAAGUUGAACAGAGCAAAGCCAUGAGCCUGGAAUUCGGCCGGCAAAUUCAGAAGAUAGCCAAAGAUCUCACCACAAUUCUGACAAAGCUGAAAGCGAAGACUGAUGAUCUAGCUCAAGCUAGAAGUGACCAAAAGGUGCUGGGAGAGGAAUUAGAUCAGUGUAAUUCAAGGUUAAUGGAAUUAGAUGCAGCCAUACAAAGAUUCUCAGAACGGAAUACUCAGCUGGGUAAGCCACUGGCCAAGAAGAUAGGGAAGCUGACUGAACUCUACCAGCAGACCGUCAGACAGGCUGAGAGUCGGCUCAACAAGCUUGGUGAGGCAGCAUCACAUUUAGAAGAAUACAAUGAGAUGCUGGAAUUAAUUCUGAAGUGGAUUGAGAAAGCUAAAGUCUUGGCACAUGGAAAUAUUACAUGGAAUUCUGCAAGCCAGCUUCGGGAACAAUAUAUUUUACAUCAGACCCUCCUAGAAGAAUCUGAAGAAAUUCACAAUGACCUGGAAACAAUGACUGAGAAAGUACAGUACCUCACGAGUGUGUACUCUACAGAAACAAUGUCUCAGCAAGUGGCAGAGCUGGGGCGGGAGACUGCGGAAUUGCGACAGAUGAUCAAAACUCGUUUGCAGAACCUCCAAGAUGCAGCUAAGGAUAUGAAAAAAUUUGAAGCAGAGCUAAAAAACUUGCAAGUUGCUUUAGAACAAGCCCAGGCAACCCUAACUUCUCCAGAAGUUGGACGUCUUAGCCUCAAAGAGCAACUCUCACAUCGACAACAUUUGCUGUCAGAGAUGGAGUCCCUGAAGCCCAAGGUACAUGCUGUACAGCUGUGCCAGAGUGCCCUCCGGAUCCCUGAGGACGUGGUUGCCAGCUUGCCGCUCUGCCACGCUGCUCUGCGCCUGCAGGAAGAGGCCAGCCGGCUGCAGCACUCGGCCAUCCAGCAGUGCAACAUCAUGCAGGAGGCCGUGGUGCAGUAUGAACAAUAUGAGCAAGAAAUGAAGCACCUCCAGCAGCUGAUAGAAGGAGCUCACAGAGAGAUUGAGGAUACGCCUGUGGCCACCAGUAAUAUCCAGGAGCUGCAAGCCCAGAUUUCUCGGCAUGAGGAGCUGGCUCAGAAAAUCAAGGGCUACCAGGAGCAGAUCGCCUCCUUGAACUCCAAGUGCAAGAUGCUGACCAUGAAAGCCAAGCACGCCACCAUGCUGCUGACGGUGACCGAGGUCGAGGGGCUGGCAGAAGGGAGCGAGGACCUGGACGGGGAGCUCCUCCCCGCGCCGGCGGCCCAGCCCUCUGUGGUCAUGAUGACUGCAGGUCGCUGCCACACUUUGCUGUCACCUGUCACUGAGGAGUCUGGGGAGGAGGGAACCAGCAGUGAGAUCUCUCCACCUGCCUGUCCUUCCCCUUCACCUGUGGCUAAUCCAGAUGCUUCUGUUAAUCAGGACAUUGCUUAUUACCAAGCCUUGUCUGCUGAGAGGUUGCAAACAGAUGCUGCAAGGAUUCAGCCCAGCGCGUCGGCAUCCCAGGAGUUCUGUGAGCCAGGACUGGAGGCAUCUGCCACUGCUAAACUGGGUGACUUGCAGCGUUCUUGGGACACCUUGAAGAAUGUGAUCAGUGAAAAGCAGCGCACCCUCUAUGAAGCUUUGGAACGCCAGAAAAAGUACCAGGACUCCCUCCCGUCCAUCUCCACAAAAAUGGAGGCCAUCGAGGUGAAACUCAGUGAGAGUCUGGAACCUGGCCGGAGUCCGGAGAGCCAGAUGGCUGAGCAUCAGGCCCUGAUGGAUGAGAUCCUCAUGCUCCAUGAUGAAAUCAAUGAGCUGCAGUCCUGUCUGGCCGAGGAGCUGGGCUCCCAGGAGUGCGACCCCACAGAGCAGCUGGCCUUGCAGUCCACGCUCACUGUCCUGGCCGAGCGCAUGUCCACCAUCAGGAUGAAAGCCUCGGGGAAACGGCAGCUCCUUGAGGAGAAGUUAAAUGACCAACUUGAAGAGCAGAGACAGGAACAGGCCCUGCAGAGGUACCGCUGUGAGGCUGAUGAGCUGGACCACUGGCUCUUGAGCACAAAGGCCACCCUGGAUAGUGCACUGGGGACAGUCAAGGAGCCCAUGGACAUGGAAGCUCAGCUGGUGGACUGCCAGAACAUGCUUGUGGAAAUUGAGCAGAAGGUGGUGGCCUUAUCUGAGCUCUCAGUGCACAAUGAAAACCUGCUGCUGGAGGGCAAGGCUCACACGAAGGACGAGGCUGAGCAGCUGGCGGUGAAGCUGCGGACGCUCAAGGGGAGCCUGCAGGAGCUGCAGAGGGCUCUGCACGACAGGCAGCUCGACAUCCAGCAGGGAACAGCACAGGAGAAGGAGGAGAGUGACGUUGAUCUGGCGGCCACACAGAGCCCGGGCGUGCAGGAGUGGCUGGCCCAAGCUCGCACCACACGGACGCACCAGCGGCAGAACAGUCUCCAGCAACAAAAAGAGUUGGAACAGGAAUUAGCGGAGCAAAAGAUCCUCCUGCGCUCAGUAGCCAGUCGAGGAGAGGAAAUUCUGACCCAGCACUCGGCUGCAGAGCCCUCUGGUGGCGAAGGCGAAAAACCUGAUGUGUUAUCCCAGGAAUUGGGGAUGGAAGGGGAGAAAUCAUCUGAAGACCAGAUGAGAAUGAAAUGGGAAAGCCUACAUCAAGAAUUCAGCACCAAGCAGAAGCUACUACAAAAUGUUCUGGAGCAGGAACAAGAGCAACUGUUUUACAGCAGACCGAACCGACUCCUGUCUGGCAUGCCACUGUACAAAGGGGAUGGGCAGACCCAAGAUAAAGCCGCAGUUACGUCUUUGCUGGGUGGACUGAGCCAGGUCUUCGAGGAGGUGUCCUCCCAGGGUGGAGGAGCAACACAGCAGAACAUACACCUGGAACAGAAGUUGUACGAUGGAGUUUCAGCCACCUCGACUUGGCUGGAUGAUGUGGAAGAGCGUUUGUUUGUUGCCACAGCACUGCUGCCAGAGGAAACGGAAACGUGCCUCUUCAACCAAGAGAAUCUUGCCAAAGACAUUAAGGAAAUGUCUGAAGAAAUGGAUAAGAACAAACACUUGUUUUCCCAGGCCUUUCCUGAGAAGGGCGAUAACCGAGAUGUCAUUGAAGACACUUUGGGGUGUCUCUUGGGCAGGUUGUCUUUGCUAGAUGCCGCCGUGAACCAGCGUUGUCACCAGAUGAAGGAACGGCUUCAGCAAAUACUGAAUUUCCAGAAUGAUCUGAAGGUGCUGUUUGCAUCGCUGACUGACAACAAAUACAUCAUUCUGCAGAAACUGGCGAAUGUGUUCGAACAGCCUGUAGCACAACAGAUGGAGGCAAUACAACAGGCAGAAGAUGGACUAAAGGAAUUGGAUGCAGGAAUCAUUGAAUUAAAAAGGCGUGGAGACAAGCUGCAGAUUGAGCAGCCAUCCUUGCAAGAACUCUCUAAACUUCAGGACAUGUAUGACGAGCUGAUGAUGACCAUCAGCUCCCGGCGGAGUGGUCUCAAUCAGAAUCUUGCACUCAAGAGUCAGUACGAAAGGGCCCUGCAGGAUCUGGCUGACCUGCUUGAAACUGGCCGGGAGAAGAUGGCAGGGGACCAGAAGAUCAUUGUGUCUUCCAACGAGGAAAUCCAGCAACUGCUGGACAAACACAAGGAAUAUUUUCAGGGCCUGGAAUCUCAUAUGAUCUUGACGGAAACACUCUUCAGAAAGAUAAUCAGCUUUGCAGUCCCAAAGGAGACCCAGUUCCACACGGAGCUGAUGACUCAGGCAUCUGCUGUGCUGAAACAGGCUCACAAGAGGGGUGUGGAGCUGGAGUACAUUCUGGAGACGUGGUCUCAUCUGGAGGCAGAGCAGCAGGAGCUGAGCAGACAGCUGGCGCUGGUGGAGAGCAGCCUUCCGAGCGUGGGCUUGGUGGAAGAAAGAGAGGACAGGCUCAGGGAGCGGAUCGUGCUCUACCAGCAUUUAAAAUCCAGUCUUAAUGAAUACCAGCCCAAAUUGUAUCAGGUAUUAGAUGAUGGGAAACGACUUCUGAUAUCCGUUAGCUGCUCAGAUCUGGAAAGCCAGCUAAAUCAACUUGGAGAGCACUGGCUAAAUAAUACCAACAAGGUGUCCAAGGAACUUCACAGACUGGAAACAAUAUUGAAACACUGGACCAGUUACCAACGGGAGUCUGCAGAUCUGAGUCACUGGUUACAGUCAGCAAGAGACAGGCUAGAAUUUUGGGCUCAGCAAUCUGUGACAGUCCCACAAGAACUGGAGAUGGUCCGCGAUCAUCUCAAUGCUUUCCUGGAGUUUUCUAAAGAAGUGGAUGCCAAAUCUUCCCUGAAGUCAUCUGUCCUGAGCACUGGAAAUCAGCUUCUUCGAUUAAAGAAGUUGGACACAGUUGCCCUGCGUGCUGAGCUGUGUCACAUUGACAACCAGUGGACCGAGCUACUGAAAAAUAUCCCAGCUGUCCAAGAAAAGCUCCACCAGCUCCAAAUGGAUAAGCUGCCUUCCCGUCAUGCCAUUUCUGAAGUCAUGAGCUGGAUUUCUCUAAUGGAAAGUGUGAUUCAAAAGGAUGAAGAGGAUAUAAAAAAUUGCAUAGGUUACAAGGCAAUUCAUGAAUACCUUCAGAAAUAUAAGGGUUUUAAGAUAGACAUUAACUGUAAGCAGCUGACAGUUGAUUUUGUGAACCAGUCUGUGCUACAAAUCAGCACUCAGGAUGUGGAAAGUAAACGGAGUGAUAAGACUGAUUUUGCUGAGCAGCUGGGAGCAAUGAAUAAAAGUUGGCAAAUCUUGCAAGGUCUAGUAAGUGAGAAGAUCCAGCUGUUGGAAGGCUUAUUGGAAUCUUGGUCAGAAUAUGAAAAUAACGUACAAUGUCUGAAAACUUGGUUUGAAAUCCAGGAAAAGAGACUAAAACAACAGCAACGAGUUGGGGAUCAGGCUUCAGUGCAGAACUCACUGAAAGACUGUCAGGAUCUGGAAGAUUCAAUUAAAGCAAAAGAAAAAGAAAUAGAGAAAAUUGAGCACAGUGGACUCGCUUUGAUUCAGAACAAGAAAGAAGAAGUCUCUGGCACUGUUACGACGACGUUGCAGGAGCUCAACCAGACCUGGGCCAAUUUAGACCACAUGGUGGGGCAGUUGAAGAUACUGUUGAAGUCUGUGCUUGACCAAUGGAGCCAUCACAAAAAGGCCUUUGAUGAGAUAAACAGUUACCUCAUGGAGGCCAGAUAUUCUUUGUCCCGAUUCCGCCUGCUGACUGGCUCCUUAGAAGCAGUGCAGGUGCAGGUAGACAAUCUUCAGAGUCUCCAUGAUGAUCUAGAAAAACAAGAAAGGAGCUUACAGAAAUUCGGUUCUGUUACCAACCAGCUAUUAAAAGAAUGUCACCCACCUGUGACAGAAACUCUUACCAACACACUAAAAGAAGUCAAUAUGAGAUGGAAUAACUUGCUGGAAGAGAUUGCUGAGCAGCUGCACUCUAGCAAGGCCCUGCUUCAGCUCUGGCAGAGGUACAGGGACUAUUCCAGACAGUGCACCUCUACCGUCCAGCAGCAGGAAGAGCGAACCAACGAGCUGUUGAAGGCAGCCACCGACAAGGACAUCGCUGAUGAUGAAGUUGCUACAUGGAUCCAAGAUUGCAAUGACCUCCUCAAAGGACUGGGAACAGUCAAGGAUUCCCUUUUUGUUCUCCAAGAGCUGGGAGAGCAGCUUAAGCAACAAGUGGAUGUUUCAGCAGCAUCGGCUAUUCAGUCUGAUCAGCUCUCCCUGAGUCAACACUUGGGCGCCAUGGAGCAGGCUCUUUGCAAACAACAGACGGUGUUACAGGCUGGAGUUCUUGACUACGAAACCUUUGCCCAGAGUUUAGAAGCUUUGGAGGCCUGGAUAGUGGAAGCUGAAGACAUACUCCAAGGGCAGGACCCCUCCCACUCCUCAGACCUCUCCAGCAUCCAGGAAAGGAUGGAAGAGCUUAAGGGACAGAUGUUAAAAUUCAGCAGCAUGGCUCCAGAUUUAGACCGCCUAAAUGAGCUUGGAUAUAGGUUACCACUGAAUGAUAAAGAAAUCAAAAGGAUGCAGAACCUGAACCGGCACUGGUCUCUCAUCUCCUCUCAGACAACAGAAAGAUUCAGUAAGUUGCAGUCAUUUUUGCUACAACAUCAAACUUUCUUGGAAAAAUGUGAAACAUGGAUGGAAUUCCUGGUUCAGACGGAACAGAAGUUAGCAGUAGAGAUUUCAGGCAAUUAUCAACAUCUUUUGGAGCAGCAGAGAGCCCAUGAGUUGUUUCAAGCCGAGAUGUUCAGUCGUCAGCAAAUUUUGCACUCAAUCAUUAUUGAUGGGCAACGUCUUCUAGAACAAGGUCAAGUUGAUGACAGGGAUGAGUUCAACUUGAAGUUGACUCUGCUCAGUAAUCAGUGGCAGGGAGUAAUUCGCAGGGCCCAACAGAGGAGGGGGAUCAUCGACAGCCAGGUUCGCCAGUGGCAGCGCUAUCGAGAGAUGGCAGAAAAGCUUCGUAAAUGGUUGGUUGAAGUGUCCUAUCUACCAGUGAGUGGUCUCGGAAGCAUCCCUAUACCACUGCAGCAAGCAAGAACCCUAUUUGAUGAAGUGCAGUUCAAGGAAAAAGUAUUUCUGCGACAACAAGGCAGCUAUAUCUUGACUGUAGAGGCUGGCAAGCAGCUUCUGCUCUCGGCUGAUAGUGGGGCUGAGGCCGCCUUGCAAGCUGAACUCACUGAGAUCCAAGAGAAAUGGAAAGCAGCCAGUGUGCGUCUGGAGGAACAGAAGAAAAAACUGGCCUUCUUGUUGAAAGACUGGGAAAAGUGUGAGAAAGGGAUAGCUGAUUCUCUGGAGAAACUGCGCACUUUCAAAAAGACGCUUUCCCAGCCUCUGCCGGAUCACCACGAGGAGCUCCAUGCGGAGCAAAUGCGUUGCAAGGAGCUAGAAAAUGCAGUUGGAAGCUGGACAGAUGACUUGACACAGCUGACCCUGCUAAGGGACACCCUCUCAGCCUAUAUCAGUGCCGAUGACAUCUCCAUCCUUAACGAACGCAUUGAGCUUCUGCAAAGGCAGUGGGAAGAACUGUGCCACCAGGUCUCCUUGCGGCGGCAGCAAGUGGGUGAAAGACUGAACGAAUGGGCAGUCUUCAGUGAGAAGAACAAGGAGCUCUGUGAAUGGUUGACUCAGAUGGAAAGCAAGGUCGCUCAGAAUGGAGAUAUUCUCAUUGAAGAUAUGAUACAGAAGCUCAGAAAGGAUUAUCAAGAGGAAAUUGCUGUUGCCCAAGAGAACAAAAUACAGCUCCAGCAAAUGGGAGAACGACUUGCGAAAGCCAGCCACGAAAGCAAAGCAUCCGAGAUUGAAUACAAGCUCGGGAAGGUCAAUGACCGGUGGCAGCAUCUCCUGGAUCUCAUUGCGGCCAGGGUGAAGAAGCUGAAGGAGACCCUGGUUGCUGUGCAGCAGCUUGAUAAGAACAUGAGCAGCCUGAGGGCUUGGCUUGCUCACAUCGAGUCAGAGCUGGCCAAGCCCAUAGUCUACGAUUCCUGCAACUCAGAAGAAAUACAGAAAAAGAUUAACGAGCAACAGGAGCUCCAGAGAGACAUAGAAAAACACAGCACAGGGGUGGCCUCUGUCCUCAACCUGUGUGAAGUCCUACUGCACGACUGUGAUGCCUGUGCCACUGACGCCGAGUGUGAAUCCAUCCAGCAGGCAACGCGAACCCUGGACCGGCGGUGGAGAAAUAUCUGUGCCACAUCCAUGGAAAGAAGGCUCAAAAUUGAAGAGACAUGGCGACUGUGGCAGAAGUUUCUGGAUGACUAUUCUCGAUUUGAAGAUUGGCUGAAGACUUCAGAAAGGACAGCUGCAUUCCCCAGCUCGUCGGGGGUGCUGUAUACAGUUGCCAAGGAGGAACUGAAGAAGUUUGAGGCUUUCCAGCGCCAGGUCCACGAAAACCUGACCCAGCUGGAGCUGAUCAACAAGCAGUACCGCCGCCUGGCCAGGGAGAAUCGCACCGAUUCCGAGUGCAGCUUGAAACAGAGGGUCCACGAGGGCAACCAGCGCUGGGACAACCUGCAGAAGCGCGUCGCCUCCAUCUUGCGCAGACUCAAGCAUUUCAUUGGCCAGCGUGAGGAGUUUGAGACUGCCCGGGAAAACAUUCUGGUCUGGCUAACAGAGAUGGAUCUGCAACUCACUAAUAUUGAGCAUUUUUCUGAGUGUGAUGUUCAAGCUAAAAUAAAGCAACUGAAGGCCUUCCAGCAGGAAAUUUCACUGAACCACAAUAAGAUUGAGCAGAUCAUUUCCCAAGGAGAGCAGCUGAUGGAAAAGAGUGAGCCCUUGGAUGCAGCAAUCAUUGAGGAAGAGCUCGAUGACUUGAAGCGGUACUGCCAAGAGGUCUUCGGGCGUGUGGAGAGAUACCAUAAGAAACUGAUCCGCCUGCCUCUACCAGAGGAUGAGCUCGACCUCUCUGACCGGGAGCUGGAACUUGCAGACUCCACAGCCCUCUCGGACCUGCGCUGGCAGGAGCCAUCUGCAGACUUGGCAUCCUCACCCCCACCGUCCUCCAACCCCUCACUCUCGCUCGCACAGCCCCUCCGCAGCGAGAGAUCGGGCCGAGACACCCCAGCCAGUGUGGACUCCAUACCCCUGGAGUGGGACCAUGACUAUGACCUUAGUCGUGACCUCGAGUCUGCAGUGUCCGGAACUCUGCCUUCUGAGGAUGAGGAGGGCCAGGAAGACCGGGAUUUCUACCUCAGGGGUGCUGUCGGCUUGUCAGAUGUAAUGAUCCCUGAAAGCCCCGAGGCCUAUGUAAAACUCACAGAAAAUGCCAUCAAAAAUAUCUCUGGGGAUCACGCUGCCUUGGAAUCGCAGAUCCGCCAACUGGGCAAAGCCCUGGAUGACAGCCGCUUUCAGAUGCAGCAAACUGAAAAUAUCAUCCGCAGCAAAACUCCCACGGUCCCGGAGCUAGACUCCAGCUACAAAGGCUACAUGAAGCUGCUGGGUGAGUGCAGUGGCACCAUAGACUCCGUGAAGAGGCUGGAGCACAAACUGAAGGAGGAAGAGGAGAGCUUUCCUGGCUUUGUCAACCUGAACAGCACCGAAGCUCAAACAGCUGGUGUGAUUGAUCGAUGGGAACUCAUCCAGGCCCAGGCCCUGAGCAAGGAGUUGAGAAUGAAGCAGAACCUCCAGAAGUGGCAGCAAUUCAACUCAGACCUGAACAACAUCUGGGCCUGGCUGGGAGAGACGGAGGAGGAGCUGGAACAACUGCAGCGUCUGGAGCUCAGCACUGACAUCCCCACCAUCGAGCUCCAAAUCAAGAAGCUCAAGGAGCUCCAGAAAGCUGUGGACCACCGCAAAGCCAUCAUCAUCUCCAUCAAUCUCUGCAGCUCCGAGUUUACCCAGGCUGACAGCAAGGAGAGCCAGGACCUGCAGGAGCGCUUGUCUCGCAUGAAUGGGCGCUGGGACCGGGUGUGCUCUUUGCUGGAGGAGUGGCGAGGUCUGCUGCAGGAUGCAUUGAUGCAGUGCCAGGAUUUCCAUGAAAUGAGCCACAGUUUGCUUCUUAUGUUGGAGAACAUAGACAGAAGGAAAAAUGAAAUUGUCCCCAUUGAUGCUAACCUUGACACAGAAAUACUUCAGGACCAUCACAGACAGCUCAUGCAAAUAAGACGUGAGCUGUUGGAGUCGCAACUCAAAGUGGCCUCACUACAAGACAUGUCUUGCCAACUCCUGGUGAAUGCUGAAGGCACAGACUGUUUAGAAGCCAAAGAAAAAGUCCAUGUUAUUGGAAAUCGGCUCAAACUUCUCUUGAAGGAGGUCAGUCGUCAUAUCAAGGAACUGGAGAAGUUAUUAGACAUGCCAAGCAGUCAGCAGGAUCUGUCUUCCUGGUCUUCUGCUGAUGAACUAGACACUUCGGGAUCUGUGAGUCCCACAUCAGGAAGAAGCACCCCAAACAGACAGAAAUCGCCACGAGGCAAAUGUAGUCCCUCACAGCCCGGACCCUCUGUGAGCAGUCCACAUAGCAGGUCCACAAAAGGUGGCUCCGAUUCCUCCCUUUCUGAACCCCAGCCAGCUCGGUCCAGCCGAGCCUUCUUGUUCCGAGUCCUCCGGGCGGCUCUUCCCCUUCAGCUUCUGCUGCUGCUCCUCAUCGGGCUCGCCUGCCUCGUACCAAUGUCAGAGGAAGACUAUAGCUGUGCCCUCUCCAACAAUUUUGCCCGAUCAUUCCACCCCAUGCUCAGAUAUACCAAUGGCCCUCCUCCACUCUGAACCAAGCAGAUCUCAUUGGCAAAAAUGCUGGAAGCACAAGAAGGAUGGAGCCAAAAGCAUCCCAAACUACCAAAAUGAGGACUUGAAUCUUGGCAGGAGCCAGUGGUGUGCCGGCUUUGGCCAUCCUCCGUGUCUCACAUGUGCAAGUCAUGGCUUCAGAGGUGGAUGAUAAGCAGUGCAGGAGAGCAAACAGACCAGAGAAGGUUUGGAAGAAAUUUUGUUGGAGACUCUGAGCCUUAGCACAGAGGAGAUUGAACGAGGACUUUCAAAGUUCCCUGGAAUUGGGAAUUCUGGACCUCUGGCCCAUUCUAUGCAUAACCAAGGACUUCAGUAGACCAUCUGGGCAGCGUUCCCAUGGUGCUGCUCCAUCCAUCCAAUAAACCGCCCACCCAGGCGCCAUGUCAGUAUCGUACAAUCUACCAACCAACCAGUGCUCAAGAGAUUUUAGUACAUUGUAACAUACAAUUUUUAAGAGCUUAUAUGGCAGCUUUCCUUUUUGGCAUGAUGUUCUAACCUUUGCUUUAGAAGCACAAGCUGUAAAUCUAAAAUGCACUUUUUUAAAGAUAUAAAGAAAAACUAGAUGUAAUAAAUAUAUAAUGGAAGGCUUUAUUGUGGAAAAAAGAAUGUUAUAGUAAAAAAAGAUAUUUAUGUAUGUACAGUUUGCUAAAGCCAAGUUUUGUUUGUAUUGAUUACUUUGCAUUUAUUAUAGAUACAGUAAAAUAUACUGUCCUGGAUUUCUUUUUCCUCUAAAAAUGGGUUGAAAGUCAUUGUGAAGCAGGCAGUGAUCAUAAUGCAACUACACAACUACAGUGAUCGUGUGUGUGUGUAUCUGUGUAAUGAAUGAAGCAGGAUGUAAGUGUGUAUUCAGGAGACAGGAUAGAUAAGGGAAGUGCACAUUUAAACAGAAAGUCCCAGAUGAUUCAUUUUUCCUCUUCCCUCCACAAACAGAUCUCAUGAAUUCCUGCUUCUUGGCCUCUUUCAUAUUCUCCUCUGAAAGUGCUCCCUGGGGUCUCCUGUCUGCAGCGCUUCUCCAUUCCAUCCCAAGGGAAUACGACAGCCUCGUAAACUUUCUUUAAGCAUUCUCUUGUCCAGAUGCAUUCUUUUGUGCAAAGCUUUCCAUUGUAUUCAUUGCCUACAUGUAUACAAUUUUAGUCUUUCAAGUCCCGUCAAUACAAUUUUACUCUGCCCUUCUAAUUUUGCUGAUAAGAGGCCCUCAUGAAAUUAUUUCAUGCUCUUGGAUUGUAAUCCAUCAUUAAAUAAGUUAGGGGGUAUAGGAAACCCAGGUUUCUGGCUUCUCUUGAAAAUUGAAAGCUCUGGUGCCCUGAAAACAUCCCCACGUCAGCCAUUGCUAUCCUUUUUGAGAGUUGGAGGAGACAGGUUUUCCAUUUGCGGUUAUUGCCCAUCAACUUCUCUCAGUUCCUGCACCAGCCUAAGCACAGUAGGUGUUUGAGUUUACAAUUCCUGCUGUAUGUUAAGUGUCUAAACCAAUCUGAGAUACUUGAAAUUUCCUGAAACUGUCUUCCAUGGUUUCCUGACACACAUGGGCUGAGUAUCAUCUCAGGGUCCCUGGGGCUGGUGAAGCCUUCUGAUCUCUGGGAUCACUUCAGACCUUGCCCUUCGUUCUCCUGAAGCAGGACCUGGAAGCUUACAUUUCAAAUACAUACCUGAAAUAACUAUUGAAACACACUGUCUUACCCUUUCUUGAGUCCAUGAUUUUGUUCCCAUCAUUCCUCUCUCUUCGCACACAUGCCCUCUCCCUUGAAGAAAUCCUGGACCCCCAUUAGACAGUGUGUAGGAUGUCUUUCUACUGAGCUUUCCUCUGGUGCUACUCCUGUCAUGUGUGUUUGACUUUUCCGCCAGGUCACUCCCACUUUACUUCACUUUAGCCCACUCAGGGAGCAGGAAUAAUGCUGGUUUUAUACGGAACACACCCUGUGCUUAAAGCAUCCCAUCCUUCCUCUGGAGAGGCUGGGGCGGUGUGGCAUGGGAGAGGUCGAUGCCUACACUGGCAUCUAAGGUCCUUUCCAGACCUCACUCCUCCAUCACUUCCCAGAACUCCUGCUUCUAACUCUUGAAAUUAGAGGGGUUUCUUGCAGAGAGAGCCAACCCCUCUGGAACAGCAUGGAACCUCCCACUCAGUGAGGCUGUAGGCCCAGGAAAAGCAAGCACAAAGACACAGCAGAAGAUUUUCCUUCCCACAGGCUACAGUUACCUGACUUCCUCAGCACCUGCUCAUCACUGAAGACUCAAAUGUUAAAUGUUUCUGUGAAAAAAAAAAGCUAAUUUUGAUUAGUAAAAAAACUUAUAGUACAGUCUCAUCUCUACAUUUCUAAAACUCUGAGACACUCAAAAUGGUAUAUAAUGUGCAUUUCCACUAAACUUUGAAGAGUUAAACAGAAUGUUGGAAAGAAUUAGGUGAUGCAGCCAAGUAUGAGUAUUGAAGUGAUGAGAUCAUAGCUUUCCUCAUAAGACAACUCGACUAGCUAGGCAACGACCAAGCCAGCAGCCGAUGAGACCAGGACCAGAGUCUUCCCAAUUUCAAGAACCAGGGGCACCCUCACCGGCACCCUGCAGCUACCCUGGAAGUGGAGAGAGAGGAUGUAUUCUUCAAGGCCUUCUUGGAAGGGUUGGGGGCUUUUAGUGCAUAUUGAGGGUGUAAAAGGACCUGAUCGCUGUUGAGGAGGCUCCUUUUCUGUGGUAAGGACUCUCAGGAGACCUGGUGUGGCCUGGACAGAAGCAAUGAAGUUCUGUGUGAGUGGUGGGUGUGGAAGGACAUGGACAAAGAUACCAUUAACCAACCAGGAAGGGUGAGAAGAGAUUUAGUAAUAUCUUGGGUAUGAGAAUUGCACAGGCAAACAGGAAAUGUUAGAAAAAUUGAUCAUAAAGUAAAGCUGGAUAAAUAGUGAGAAACUAAAACUAGUGACUUAUAUAAGAAAUCCAGGGAGGAAUGAAAGACUUUGGAGGAAAUUUCCCAGUUGUUCCCUAGGAAAUGGGGUGGCAGAGGCUCUCCUUGUUUUUCUAAGAAGUAAAAAGAGAUGGUGACAAAAGGCCCAAAUAGGAAAUUCAGCAAGAUGUGGGUUGUAGUUCACUGUAAAAAGGCAUAUCAGUGCUGACUGAUUUAUAACCUACUCUCUGAGGCCAAAUAUUAAGAAAUUAUAGCUAUAAAAUUUUAUUUAUUGGAAAGCCAUAUAAGAUAUUGUAAAGCUAAAAAUAAUGGAGCAAUGAUGGCCAGAUAAGGAGGGCCUCCAUGGUGCUGAUCUACAUCUGCCUGAGCUCAAUCAACAUUUGGGUUCUUAGCUCUGUGCCCAUGAGUCUGUCAUCACUACCACCAAACUCCCAUAGGGAAUAGUGAAGCAAUUAAAGUGGUCUCAGUGUUUACCAUAGAUCCAAAAAUGACCAGGGCAAGUAUUUCUGGACCAACUUGGCAUCUACUCACUUCCCAAGUAUUUAUGGAAUGCCUACUGUAUGGUGGGAAUGGCUCCAAGCUCCCUUGCAAGUCAAGUCUCAGCUAAGACCUCGCAACUUCUUAUUUACUAAUUAAGAGAAGGCACUGGGCCUUUACCAUAAAUAUGAAUGUGUGUCUUCCUCCACCGGGAUGUCAUGAAUCUUGAGAUCAUGGCUCAAAAAAGACAAAAAGCCAUCUCAUUUAGGGGUAGAAAAUGAGAUUAUUAGUAGGUCCCUAUUUUAGGGCAGGAAAUUUCCUUCUAAGUUCUUCAUUACCUGGUUUAUGUGAUAGUGGAUAUUUUAAAGAGCAUAACUGUCCAUCCAUUCAAAUGGUAGCAGAGUAAAAUCAGAGCAAUUUACAGGCCUGGAAACAUUUUUCCACUUGACUGUGGGAAGUGCUAAGAUAAUUUUGACUAUGAGAGGAGGCAUUUUUCUGAGCAUUGUCAUUUCAGUUGUAGAUGUGACAACACAUUGUGAUCAUUGAGCUGAUCAUUACCUGGAGGUAAUGAACUGAGGAAGGAUAACUUUUAUUCUGUUGCUCCUGGCUUCUCUCAAACCUUGCCCUCAAAGGUAUAAAAUAUUUGCUAGGAAUCCAUGGGGGCUACAGCACAAAGACCUGCAUUUGUAGGAGAACUCAAGUUCAGAGGAAUAAGCCAAAGAAGAUUGCAAGCCUGGGGCAUGUCCUACAACCUCUGUCAAACAGCCCCCUGUGGUAUUUACCUAAGGCAAGUUGAAGGUUAGGAGUGGCUAAUGCAAAGCCAGAGCAAUUUACUGUCCACAAGGUGAUCAACAAGGAAAGUUGAGUCUGAGAACUGAGGUUGGUAUUUGGAUGCCAUCUUUCUUAAAACUGAAAGUCUGGGGAAAAAAGACUCAGCCUUACAAAUGUUUCCACCUCCUCUUCCCUUGUUCUCCCAACCCUACCCCCUACCCAAAGGUAUGGGAAUGUAACUGAGUUUGAAAGCUGCAAUAACAUCAGGAGAGUGGGGACAUUUGUAAGCUGAGCUACAGAUGGUUGCACUUGGCGCUAUAGGUGGCUGAGAAGAAAUCUAGAUGUCCCUGCUGAAUUUAACUUCAGUGCCUUGCAGGUAUGCCAUCUGGGCCAUUCUAAAUCCUGCUGAACACAUCUGCAGCUGGUGGUUGAACUCAAAAGCAAAGUUGCCAAGCAGCAGACAAUAACAAUGGACAGCAGUCCCCAUCAGCUACCCCCAACCCUAAGCCACAUUUUUUGGCAGGAGCCCAGAACAGCCCACCUCCCAUGCUCUGUUCCGCACCUCUCAUGGGAGUUGCAGGUUGACUGGAAACUUAGGCAUGCAAGAGACUGGUGCCUUCCAAAGUGGGUUCUAGAUCAGUAGCAUCAGCAUCACCUGGAAACUUGUUAAGACUGUACCACAUUCAGCUUCUAGGCCACCAUACACCCCAUAUGCGCACAUCUUAGGGCCCUUUAACUUUUUUCCAGCUGGCCACCAUGACAAAGUGUCUAAGUAAGUUUUCCCAUACCCCCCUAUAGCUUCAUAAAACAAUAAAUUUCCAUAUGAAUCUGGAUUUUUAAUCUGAACUCUUCUAUGCCAUUGACCUCUUUGGCUAUCACUACUUUAUGUAAGUGAACAGUAUAACUGAUUAUGAUGUGUAUAUGAAUAUUUGUAUAAUAUUUCAGUAUAGUUAAAUAUAUAAUGCAAACAUAUAAUGUACAUAUGUAUUAUUACUACUGAUUUUCAUUUGCCACAAUAUGGAUGAACCUGGGGAGCAUUAUACUCAGUGAAAUAAACCAGUAUCUUUUUUCAACAGUUGUUUUCUUCCAGCUGUUUGAUGUACACCGAUGCUACAGUGAACACUUUUGCAUGUGUGUGCAUGUGCACAUUUUUGUACUACUGAUCUUAUUUCUCUAAGAUGCAUUGUUCAAGGUGGCAUCACUGAAUCAAAAGGUAUGUACAUUCUAUCUUUGAAUGCAUUUUAAUAAACUCUGCUGGACUAUUUCUUGAAAAA